ACGAAACUUACAAUUUCUCGUGCGUACGUGCGUCAUGCUUGCGUUAACGUAGCUACAACAGAAACCUAUUGCAGAAACGUCAACGACGAGGCGACAAUACUUGGACGACGACGACGUCGACGCAACGGAUUCGUUACGCGGCGGUGACUACGGCGGUAAGCGACGAACGACGAAGCAGCGACAGCGACCCCGCCCUCAAGUGGUUGUGCAGCACAUUUUACGACUUCUAUUGCAUCGUCUCGUCAUAACGCCAGCUCGAACGAUGAACGCUCGCAUGUCGCGACUGCGACGAUCGUUGUCGCGUUCCGUUCAUCAGCUCAGUUUGUCGCGUUCAAAUAGCCUUAAUGGGUUAAUUGAACUACCUACAAGCAGCUAUACUACAUUAGUGGAUAAAUUUGCUGUAAGUUCGCUUCCCAUCAUUGAUUUAUUGAUUUAUUCCUUAAAUAUCUAA